AUGGGUCGCGCAGGGAUUUUCAAAGGGCAGCGCCGACCGUUGGGCCAGACAUCUACCAACGUUGUUAGCACCGAGUCAUCGAGGACAUUCAUGAAAAUUGGAUGGCAUGGCUCUUCUAGCAUAAACUCCUCCAGCACGGAGGGGUACAUGAGCAAAGAGCUGUGCUCGAGCUCGGAGGCUAGCGUUGCCACAGAGUCCACCGCGCUCAGCAGUGAAGGGAAGGCUGAGGAUUCGCUACGUCGAUGGUUAGUUUCAAAGACCAGGCCGAUUCGAGAGUCUAUAUUCCCUCGCGAUCAUGCGAUCCGCCAGGCGUCGAAUGUGAUGCCCGAGCGGCCCCCGCAAGAGACGUUGAAGCCAAAGCAGCAAGCAGCGACUAGGCUGGAGUUUAGCACCUGCACGCGAGCAUCGACAAUUGCUCAGCAAAUAGUGCUAGCUCCUUCAGUUCGUCUUGUCAUUGUACAAUUCGAACCAACUUGGUCGAUUAACUGUGUCCUUUCUCAGGUAUGCGGAGGUCCACUCGAAAAAGUGAACCUGGCCGACAACAACCUUGAGCUCCAUUUCCUGCAUAGCGCAUGCGCGCAGCGCUUCUACUACUAUGCCAAAAGCGGCCAAUUCACUGUACGAGGUCGUGCACUGAAGGUCGGCUGCCCUACGGACGUUUCCCUGUCUAUCUCAGGGAGCGAGGACAAAAUGCGAGACGAAGAGUUCGAGCAAGCAAUACUCGGCGGAGCUCGACGUACUCUUACUGUUUCUCAAAGGGUGCACAGCCCCACCCAACGAUUGACCCCCAGCAAGAUCUGCAUUCGGGAACUCAAGGCCAUGUUUGAAAGCAUGGGACGAGUGCUACUAGUCCGUCCUAUGUUUACAAGAAAAGGCGAGGCCUUUGUGAUCCAGUACGAAGACAUUUCCAGCGCAAUUCGGGCUAAACAUGCCUUGGAUCACAACCUAGCUCCGUUUUCAUCGUUGCAUCGAUGGAAAUCAGAGUACAUCAAAGAUUCGACGGAACGACCAUGCGUAUUCGCAUAA